AUCUCGGCUGAAUGGGGCUUGUUAUACCAACAACUGAAUGAUGGCUGAUGGGUUGAUGGGUCUAGCCAGUGAAUUGUGGUCUGGAGUUUCUUUUUUUCAAAGGCAUCGAACGGACAACAAGUGGGAAACAAGAGUAGAACAUAAGAGGUCAAGCUGCUGGAAGAACACAUCUCAGUUAGUCUUUCAAAACCAGCAACUCAACUCUCGUUUCUUUUUGGAAGUCAUGGGAAGACUCUUUGUAAGCUCUAACGACAAUAAUAAGGAAUCUUUCACAAAACCACCACUCUUGUUCUUGCUAAGGGAAUUGAAUGGGGAAAACAAGCAUGGUUUUCUUGAUAUAGAGCAAGGAACCGUGGAAACGGUCAAGAUUGAGGAACUUGAUUUCGAAACUGAUUGCCUAGCAUCUGCUCAUGGUUGGUUAUUGAUGAGAUCGAAACCAACUGAAUCCCUCUUCUUUUUCAAUCCUCUAAAAAAGUCAAGAAUCGAUCUUCCGCGACGAAGCUCAAUGAUCACUGCUGCAAGCUUCUCUGCUCCACCAACUAGUUUGGAUUGUAGGGUUUUCAUUGUUGGGAAUUAUAAGGUUGAUACUUUACUUGUUAAUUACGAAAAGGUUUGGACUCGCUUCCCAUGCACAUUCUACUACAAGAUAUCAAUGUUCACGAGUUGCUGUAAUGAUUUCUUUUACUGUGUGGAUUAUGAUGGGGGAGUCAUGGAAUUCAAUGUCAAAUUUUCCUCUUGGAAGAGCUUUAAGAAGGAGAGCAAACUACGACUGCGGAUUUCAUCUGUGUUCGGAUUCAAUGGAAAAAUCUAUGCUUGUAAGAAAGAGAGGUCUGUUGUGAAAGUUUAUAGGUUGGAAUUGCAGGGAGAGUUUGUUGCUUGGGAGGAGGUAGAGGUGAAUGAGAUGGGCAGUGAUGUGAGCAUAUUCUUUAGUCCAUAUGGAUGCUGUGCUGUUUCAGGCUUGAAUGCAGGAUUACAGAAGAAGAUUGUGGUUGCCAUGGAUGAUCCUACGAGUAGGUGUUUGAUCGGUGAUGGUAGACAAUUUAAUACUCCAAACUUUGGCUGGAUUUAUACUCCAAUUUGGAUUGAAAGGGCAUGUUAGUUAGUAGAUUCUUUUAUUUAGUAUUUGAUGUAGUAGAUUUUAGCCUAUAAAUGAUGGGCUUUCCAUUAGAUCGAUCAAUUAUUUAUUAUUGAAUGUAGUAGAUUUUGUGAUAUUA